CGCUCUCUCAGGUAAAGUAGACAAGAAGCAGUUGGCACGCGCCAGCAUUCGCACCCGCAAAGUGGAUACGACCUUUGGUUACCGUGAGAUUUCGGACGGAGAGUGAAUAAAGAAUUUGUUAGUCAACGUUGGCCGAUGACUGUCACUCUAGUCUGUCGCUUAGCGAGUUACCCCGGCCAACCUGGAGAGACCGGUUUAACACCUUCCAGAUUGAACUCAAACAACAAACGAGCCUCUCUGCCUCUCUGUUAGAAACUCGGAGACAUGGCACACACUUCUGCUCCUGUCCGAAACGGGCACCCUCUGCAUCCUGGGAAGAACGAUGUCGGGCUGAGAAAUGGCUUCAGUAAGAACGGACAGCACUUGCACCAUACCAAAGGUGGCCUGUACAAACGGCCAUUCACCGAAUCCUUCGAACAAGCACCCCUCUACGUUGCUGUUCUCACCUAUAUGGGCUUUGGCGUUGUAACACUCUUUGGAUACUUCAGAGAUUUCCUGCGGGCGUGGGGUUUCGAGAAGUGUAAUCUUGCACAAGAGAGGGAAGAACAGAAGGAUUUUGUGCCGCUUUAUCAGGACUUUGAGAACUUUUACACAAGGAACCUUUACAUGCGAGUAAGGGAUAACUGGAACCGACCCAUAUGCAGUCUGCCUGGACCACAGUUCGACCUGAUGGAGCGAGUUUCUGAUGACUACAACUGGACUUUCAGACACACCGGGAAAGUAAUUGAUGGCGUCAUAAACAUGGGAUCAUACAACUACCUUGGCUUUGCAGAAAAUGACCCCACAUUUCUGACGUCUGUUGAAGAGUCCAAUGAAAAGUAUGGCAGCGGUGUGUGUAGCACCCGUCAGGAAAUGGGUAACCUAGACAUCCAUGAAGAACUCGAAAAACUUGUGGCCACCUUUCUGGGAGUGGAAUCUGCAAUGACUUUUGGGAUGGGCUUUGCCACUAAUGCCAUGAACAUUCCAGCCCUGGUUGGUAAGGGCUGCCUGAUUUUAAGCGAUGAGUUGAAUCACACAUCCUUGGUGCUAGGAGCACGGCUAUCUGGAUCAACCAUUCGAGUCUUCAAGCACAACAAUAUGCAGAGCCUGGAAAAGUUACUCCGGGAUGCAGUUGUACACGGCCAGCCUCGAAGUCACAGACCCUGGAAGAAAAUCCUGAUCAUAGUUGAAGGCAUUUACAGCAUGGAGGGCUCCAUUGUGAGGCUACCAGAGAUUAUAGCUUUAAAAAAGAAAUACAAGGCUUACCUGUACCUCGAUGAGGCACACAGCAUUGGUGCGGUGGGACCAACAGGCCGUGGCGUGGUGGAGUUCUUUGAACUGGAUCCAAGAGACAUCGAUGUGCUAAUGGGCACCUUCACCAAGAGCUUUGGAUCAUCUGGAGGAUACAUUGCUGGCAAGAAGGAGCUUGUGGAUUUCCUGCGCUUGCAUUCACACAGCGCCGUCUAUGCUACCUCCAUGUCCCCACCAGUGGCAGAGCAAAUUCUCCGGUCUAUGAAGUGCAUUAUGGGACUGGAUGGAACUACAAUAGGCAUCCAAAGAGUAAGACGAUUAGCAGAAAACACAAGAUACUUCCGUCAGAGGCUGAAUGAAAUGGGCUUCAUCAUAUACGGACACGAGGAAUCUCCUGUGGUCCCGCUGCUGCUUUUCAUGCCGGGCAAAGUGGGUGCUUUUGCUCGUGAGAUGCUCAAGAGAAAAAUUGGAGUGGUGGUCGUGGGAUUUCCUGCAACUCCGAUUACAGAGGCCAGGGCUCGCUUCUGUGUGUCUGCAGCUCACACAACUCCCAUGCUGGACAAGGUGUUGAAUGCGCUGGAUGAGUUGGGAGACCACCUGGUUCUGAAGUACUCUCGACACACAAGGUCAUCACGACCAGAACUCUACGACGAAACGAGUUUUGAGAUGGACGAUUAAAUAUUCCUUUCUUCUGUGGCUGCCGGGCGGGAGGGAGCAUCUGGAAAUAUGACAUAGAGGGAAUGUCUUGUCUAUGAAGGGAACCUCUGUUGACGUGUGUGUUUCCGCUCCUGUGGGAAAGAACAUGAGUGCAUUGCACAGAAUCACCCUUACACAACUCAACACGCCCCACGCAAUCCCUAAAUGACCAAAAAGAGGACAAAAGGCAGAUGUUGUGCGGCUACCAGAAGGGCCUCCAGGCAAUCAGCUCUGCAGUCCCAGUGAUGUUCUUUCAGUCUGUUUUACCGCACCUUUCCCACCGAAGUAUGAAUGGUGGGCCACACAAGGGGAGUUGUGCUGACAGCGGGACUGCUCAGUAUUUCUAAGCGAUUGCCUCCUUUACAAAACACAUAAAAACAACACAUGAAGGGCACAAGCAAGGAGCCAAAAAAAACAGACCCCUCAGGGUGUGUCCGGAAACUUAGAGCUGCUAGCUGAUUGGAAUUUCAGCGGGUUUUUGUUUUGCUGCUUCCAGGAGGGGAUAGACUGGACCUCUUUUAUUAUUAAAUAGAAUGAGAGACCCCAUCAACUCAUCCUCCUUUCCAUUAAAGUGCAUUUCCAACAUCUGACCUCUCACCUUCAGCACGAUCUCGUCCACCCCAUGUGCUGCUGUGGCAUUCUUCUCACACCUCAUCCUUUCAUCAAGCCCGGAUGAGGUCACCUCAAACAAUUUGAUGGAUUUCGUAAUACCAAAUAUAAAUAAUGGAUUUGAUCACAAAGCUAAAGAUUCAGAUUCAGACAGCACUGCAAGUGAAGCAAGGAGUCAAACUUCCAAGAAUGUCUGCUAGUGACCCCCCCAGUGUAUGACCAGAAGAACACAAAGAGGGAAUGAAGAAGGAAUGGCCUUUACUUCCACAGUUAAACACAGCAUCCCAUUCUCUGAAUUUUUUAUUCAUUUUUGUCCUUUACAAUAAAUCACUAACAUAUAUGAAAGAAAGUUUGAACAGCUUUGAAAAACCUCAUGUGAGGAGUGGCAAUGGGCACUCUUUCUGCACGGUACAAGGUCCACUACUCUAUUAUUUUGUGGGAUGUAAACUGGUGAUGAAGACUGACCAACCAGUACUUUUUUACAAUUUCUUUCAUAGUUCCGCUCACUGCAGCCUGUGAUCCAACAGAGUCAGUGCGUAGUAUCAGACCAUUUUAUUUGUGUUAUUCUGUGUAUUCUGGUGUUGUGACUCAUUAGAAUUCUAAUUUUAAUGUUUGUUUAUCAUUGAGAUUUAUAUUUACUAAGUUAAAAUUUGUUUACGUUGUAAGAAACAAGACAGAGACCAUCAAAGUAUUGGGGCAUUUUAGGCUAGGCUUCCCCCGUAUAACUGGAUGUCUAAAGGUUUCAAAAUAAACACGUGAACUACA